GGCGAAUUGAAGUUUCAAAUUUCAAGUUCUGACUGGCUUUCUCGUUGAACGGGCAUGUGGAGCCUAUCUUAUCACUCACAGAAAUACUUCUGCCAUGGAAUUGUAAUAAGUUCUUCUUCUGAAAUUGGGAUAUCGAGGAGACAAGCUUUAUCGCAGGUGGACAAGGAGCUCGCCAAGGGAGAUGACAAGGCAGCACUCUCUCUCGUCAAGGAUCUCCAAGGAAAGCCUGGCGGACUUCGCUGUUUCGGUGCCGCCCGUCAGGUACCGCAGAGACUCUACACCUUGGAUGAACUGAAGCUGAAUGGAAUAGAGCCGGUGUCGCUUUUAUCGCCUGUGGAUGCCACUCUUGGUUCGAUAGAAAGGAAUCUGCAGCUUGCGUCUCUUGUAGGAGGCUUUGCUGCCUGGAAGGUGUUUGAGUUCAAUCCUCAGCAAGUUUUAUUCCUUUCGCUGGGAAUAUUAUUUCUGUGGACACUGGAUUUGGUCUCGUUUAAUGGAGGAGUUGGUAGCUUGGUUCUUGACACAAUUGGCCACACUUUCAGCCAGAAGUAUCACGACAGGGUUAUUCAACAUGAAGCUGGUCAUUUCUUAAUCGCCUACUUGGUGGGGAUUCUUCCUAAAGGAUACACUUUAUCUAGUUUGGAGGCUUUGAAGAAGGAAGGAUCACUCAAUGUUCAAGCAGGCACUGCAUUUGUUGACAAUGAGUUCCUUGAAGAAGUCAAUGCAGGGAAAGUAUCAGCUACGACUCUAAACAGGUUCUCAUGCAUAGCAUUGGCAGGAGUGGCAACCGAGUAUCUUUUAUUUGGAUAUGCAGAGGGAGGCCUUGAUGACAUAAAUAAGUUUGAUAUCUUGCUUAAAAGCUUGGGAUUCACACAGAAGAAAGCAGACUCCCAAGUCAGAUGGUCAGUACUGAAUACUAUCCUCCUCUUACGCCGACACCAGGUUGCUCGAACUAAGCUUGCAGAGGCCAUGUCCAUGGGAACAUCUGUAGGGUCCUGUAUUGAUAUCAUAGAGGAUGCAGUUAAGGAUGCUGACAUCUAGUUGCAUCAUCUGGGUUUUAGCUAACAUGAUUGACUCCAUACUGGGCAUUUGGCAAUCUAUCCCGAAUGUCGAAAUUCUUUAUAAGUUCUUCAAAAAAUGAGGGUGAAUUGGCCUUGGUACAACAAUGCACUGCUGCUACAAAAAUUUGAGGAACUGGUAUUACAAAUAUUGGAAGAUCUCACGAUAUAAAACAAUGCAAAUAUGUUUUGUCUUUUGCUGCAAACCAGCCUUCGGUUUGAUUCCCAUUUACUUUUGGAGAAUUACUAAUUUAGUUUUUAUAUCAAUUUAAUUGUGCAUAAUGGAAAAUAAUUUAUGAAGUUACUGCUA